ACAGAAAUAGAUGAACAUAGUUUUAGGGUGCCUGGGUGAUGUCAGUAGUUUCGUGUGACGUCGACCGGUAACGUAUCAACCGAGUUGCAGCCCGACUGAAAAUUUAAUUGUAAUCGUUUAGAUCGAUCGAACUACUUGCACAAGUGAGAGUAAUAAACAUUCUAAAAAUCUAGAAUCUUCUUAGUGAACGAAAACGUUCUUUUCAGUCAAGAAGAGAAAGUACUUCCAUAUUCUUACGUGUACAUUCUUCUUCCACGAAAAUAUGCAGUAAACUGUGAAAAAGUUCGCAAGUAGUAUAAUGAGCACCUAUAAAGUGACCGUCGUUGAACACUUACGAAACGUAAAAUAUUUUAUGUAACAAAAAGUUACCUAGAAGUGUGCGAAAAUGUUCAAAGAAGACGACAACGAAAUUAGUGAUUACUUUCGAUCAAAUUUCAUCAAACUGAAAAAUGCGAUUACACCACAGGAUAUGAAAAAAUUUAUUUGCCUGAAUAAUAACUGGGAAAGGAUCGGCUUCGUAUUGGGUUAUCCACAGAUUUACGAUUUGUCUUUACAUCUCAUGGAUGACCAAAUGUUGAAGAACAGCGAGAAAGCUCUGAAACUCAAGGACGUCGGUAACAAGCAUUUUGGCCGCGGUGAAUUCGUUAAAGCAUUGGAAACGUAUUCGAAUGCAGUCCUGUUGGCACCACGGAAAGACUUAGGCGUCGUAUUGGGGAAUCGUUCAGCAACGCUUUACCAUCUGGAACAAUACAGUUAUGCUCUGACAGAUGCAGAGGAAGCUUUACGCGUCGGUUACCCGCAGGAACUUCUUUACAAAAUACAAGAACGACGUGCUAGAUGUUUGCUAGGAUUAAAGAGACACGAUGAGGCUAUCCUAGCAUUUAGAAACACUCUGCAAGCUUUAGACACUGCAAAUGUGUCACUAGAGAAAAAACAAAAACUUGAAAUGGAUAUUAGAGUUAUGCUUGCCGUGAUAGAAAAGGGUAAUCAAUUGGCACAAAAAACAAUGAAGAUUUCCCAAAAACAAAGAAUUAACGAACCUAAAAAACCGAGUCUUAAAAUAGAAGACUGCAAUCCUCUGUAUCCUUCUUGCAGCAAAUCAGUCAAUAUCAAAGAUGAAGGUGGUAAUAUAGGUAGACAUGCUAUUGCUACAAGAGAUAUCGAGCCUGGCGAGAUAUUAGUAAUAGAAAAGCCAUAUUGUGCAUUCCUAUUAGCGGAAUACAGACUCUCAAACUGUCAUUACUGUUUUGUGAAGAUAUUCAUACCAAUACCAACCGCUUGUGAACUAUGCAGUUAUGUGGCUUAUUGUAGUAUUUCCUGCAGAGACCAGGAUGCUGAGAUCCAUAAAAACGAAUGCACACUAUUAUCCACUUUGUGGACUUCAGGAACCUCCGUAAACUGUUUUUUAGCCUUGAAAUCAAUUAUUCAAUAUCCAUUUGAAGAGUUAUACAAGUUUAAAAGUAAAUUAUUAAAUUCGAAGCACAAGUGCGAGGUUUCAGUACAGCGACCUUAUCGAACAAACGACUUCGAAGAUGUUUAUGACUUAAUAACUCACGAGGAUGAAAAAACACCAGAAGAUCUUUUUCACAGAACAUACAUAGCUAGUUGGUUAUUGAGAGUAUUAAAAAAAAGCUGUUAUUUUCCGGAACAUGUUAAAACUCCAGAUACAGCACAAGUCAAACCUUCUGAUGGUGAAUUGUAUAUAGGCGGGUUAAUUCUGCGUUAUUUAAUGUUGAUACAAUUUAAUGCACAUGAAAUAUCAGAAUUGGCGAUACCAAGAGUCAAAAAUAUGCUGGCAAAAGGUAAAAGUGUUUUUAUUGGUGGAGGAAUUUACCCAACAGUGGCCUUAUUUAAUCAUUCUUGCAACCCUGGUAUCAUCAGGUACUUCGUAGGUACCACUAUGGUUGUACGAGCAAUUCGCUCCAUUCCGGCAGGAGAGGAAGUUUCUGAAAACUAUGGCCCAAUUUUUAUAACUACUCCGGAAGAUGAACGAAAGAGAAAACUAAGAUUACAAUACUGGUUCGACUGUAACUGUGAAGCAUGUGUAGCACAUUGGCCUGUUUUAGAAAAAAUCGAUCCAACUGUUCUAAGAUUCAAGUGUGAAACUGGAAAAGAAUGUGGAAACGUCCUACUCGUAAGAACAGAUACAAACGAAUUUAUGAUUAGAUGUCCCAAAUGUAACAAAAGCACGAAUAUUUUAAAAGGUUUAAAAGCACUGCAAGAUACAGAUGAGAUCCUCAAAGUUGCCUCUCAAUAUUUAGAAGAAGGAAAUCAUCAGGAAGCGUUAAAAUCUUAUUUAAAAGUUCUGAAGCUUUUAGAUGAAACUCUUGCUUUACCGGUAAGGGACUAUCAUCUUUGCCAACAAAGUGUCCGAUUAUGUAUGCUUGCCUUAGGCAAUAUUUCUUACAUUUAAGAA